AUGGAUUUUUCGGGAGGUGUGGACAAUAAACGUGAUGACUAUGUUAAACUGGCAUCUUCGCUUGUAAAAAAUCUACAUCUGGGUCCCUUUAACGCUCAG